AUGACUGGUCGUAUUAUAGCUGAUAAUUAUAGAAUUGAAUCAAAAUUAGGUGCUGGAUCAUUUGGACAAGUUUAUUUAUGUGAACAUAUACAUACACAUGAACAAUGGGCAAUGAAAAUUGAAUCACAAAUUAUGAAUAAUAAUCCUCAAUUAUCAAUUGAACAUAAAAUCUAUACUAUACUUCAAGGUGGUAAAGGUUUUCCAAAAAUUGAUUAUUAUGGUAAUGAAGGAACAUAUGAUAUUCUUAUUAUUGAAUUAUUAGGUCCAUCAUUAGAAGAUUUAUUUAAUUAUUGUAAUAGAAAAUUUACAUUAAAAACAGCAUUAAUGCUUGUUGAUCAAAUGAUUACAAGAAUUGAAUAUGUUCAUACAUGUCAUCUUGUUCAUCGUGAUAUUAAACCAGAUAAUUUUUUAAUGGGUGUGAAAUCUAUGGGUAAUACUGUUUAUAUAAUCGACUUUGGUCUUUCAAAACGAUAUAGAGAUCCUAAAUCACUUGUACAUAUACCUUGGAAAAGUAAUAAAAGUCUUACAGGUACGGCUCGAUAUGCAUCAAUAAAUGCUCAUAAAGGUAGUGAACAAUCACGUCGUGAUGAUUUAGAAGCAAUUAGUUAUGUAUUUAUGUAUUUUAUAAUGGGUACAUUACCAUGGCAAGGUUUACAAGCAACAGCAAGAAAAUCAAAAUUUGAACGUAUUGCUGAAAUGAAAAUGAAAAUGACAUCUGAACAAAUAUGUAAAAAUUAUCCAAAAGAAUGUAUUUUAUUUCUUAAUUAUUGUCGUACACUUAUAUUUGAUCAUCGACCUGAUUAUAAUUAUUUAAGACAUUUAUUUCGUUAUUUACUCUAUCAAAAAGGUGAUCAAUAUGAUUAUGAAUAUGAUUGGAUUAUUCUACAUAGAAAUAAACGAUUAUCAACAUUGCAUAUAAUAAAUCCUAUUGAUGGUGAAAAUUCUCUUCUUUCUGAACAAACAGUUCCCAACGGUCCACGUCCAUGGCCAAUCGUAGGUAAUCUUCUUCAAUUAGGUUAUCGCCCAUAUGAAACAAUUUACAAUUGGUCAAAAAUGCCAAAAUAUGGACCGAUAUUUCGUCUUCAGCUUGGUUCACAAUCAGUUAUUGUAUUAAAUUCAACAUCAGUCAUUCGUGAAGCAUUACAUGAUCAUAGUGAAGCAUUUGCUGGUCGACCAUAUCUUCAUAUGAUACAUGAAACUUUACAUGGGAAAGGUGUUAUAUCAGCUCCAUAUGGACGAGAAUUCAAUGAACAUAAAAAUUUCUUAAUUAAAAGUUUUAAUCGAUUUGGUCGUCGACGACGAUCAUCAUUAGAAAAUGGAUGUCUUGAUGAAGUACGUUUAGUUGCUGAAAAACUUCGAGAAAAACAAUCCACACCAUUUCGCAUUGGUAAUAUGUUAAGUCAAAUAGCAUGUAAUAAUAUAUGUACUCUUACAUUUGGGCGGUAUUUUGAAACAAUGAAUAUGUCUAAUUUAUUUGAAAAAAUUAAUGAAAAUUUUAAUCAAACAGCAACAAUAGCAUGCUUUAAUUUUUUACCAUUUACUAGACGAUUUAAAAAAAAUAUAUUUGAAAAUGUUAAUGAUUGUAAUCGUGUUAUACAAAAAUUAGUUGAUGAACGUGAAACAAAUUUUGAUUCAGAAUCUGUUAAUAAUAUUGUUGAUGCUUAUUUAGAUGAAAUGAAUAGACAUCGACAUUUUUCAAAAGAAAAUCUUGAUUCAUUAGUUCAAGAUCUUUUUGUUGCUGGUACUGAAACCGUAUCAAAUACAUUAAAUUGGACAAUAUUUUAUAUUGUAUCACAUUCAUAUGUUCAAGAAAAAAUUCAUGAAGAAAUUGAUCGUAUUAUUGGUAAAGAUCGACCACCAUGUGAUAAAGAUCGUAUUCAAAUGCCCUAUAUUGAAGCUGUUUUACUUGAAUCAAUGCGUUGUCAUUGUGCUGGACCAAUAUUAUUACCACGAGCAACGACGCAUGAUAUUACAUUUCAAAAUUAUUUUAUUCCAAAAGAUACAUUUAUACUUGUUAAUAUGUGGUCAGCUAUGAAAGAUGAAAAACAAUGGUUAGAACCAGAUAAAUUUCAACCGGAAAGAUUUUUGGAUGAAAAUAAUAAAUUAAAAGAUGUUAAUCAUCCAGCUAUGAUGCCAUUUAGUGUUGGUAAACGUGCUUGCACAGGCGAACAAAUUGCAAAAAUUCAAUUAUUUUUAAUACUCGUCAGUUUAUUUCAAAAAUUUGAAUUUCAUUUUGUUGAUGGUUGGAUUCCAAAAGAUCUUCGUGGUCAACCUGGUAUUACACUUCGACCACCAAAUUGUCAAUAUCAAGCAUUUGUUCGAUAA